AUGUCACCUGUUGCGACAUGCUCGGCCUCUGUCUGUGAGGCACUCAAGACUUGGGGAAUUCCAACCUUACGGACCUAUACACAGAUCACUAUGUGUACCGUCUAUUGGAGACCACCGCCAAUAGGACACUUGAAGCUCAAUGUGGACGGGGCAGCACGUGGGAACCCUAGACCUGCAAGGGGAGGAGGCAUCUUACGAGACCAUACAAGGAGUAUUAUCUUUAUUUUUUCUCACUAUUACGACAUUCAAACUUACACAGCAGCGGAGGCUAUGGCGAUCCACGUUGGUUUGCUCCUCUGUGAGGAAUACAACCUUCAUGGUAUCGUCCUAGAAUCCGACUCUAGAGUGUUAGUUGAAAUGUUGCGUGUAGGUACUUACUCCCAUUGGUGA